GACAGCUUGGUUCUCGUGAAGUUGCUGAAAAAGGAAUACAAAAGGCGCUCGCGUCUAAGACCACUUCUUUGGGAUAGCACCAUCCAGUUGCCCAUAGAACAAGUCUACACAAGACUGAAAAUCGUUUCAAGAGGAAAAAUGGCCAUCCAAAUAAAAGACGACGAUGUGAAUGUGUUUGACAUCUUCAAAGUUCCUGAUAUAGGUGAGGAUGUUAUGACGGUAGUAGACGGAAGUCCAGGAAUCGGUAAAACUACGUUUUGCCUAAAACUUGCUUAUGAUUGGGCUCAUGGAAAUAUCCCAUCGGAGUGCUCCUUUCCGAAGUUCGAAUUU